AUGCUGGGCCGGAAAGCAGCUCCCCCCGACCUGAACAGCCACCGCCAGGUGAACCAGUCCUACCAGGAGGCCGUGCCCCUGAGGACCAGAGCAUCCAAGGAAGCCGAUGUCAGCCUGGAGGUGUUCAGCGGCUCUACGCCUGAAAUCAAGCAGGGCCGCACCAGAGCCCAGCAGAUGCGGGACAGGAAAGGUCGCAAAGCCGACCUCAAAGAGUCUAACGGGAGAGAGGCGGAAACGAUUACCUUUAUCUCUGGUACAGCAGAGGCUCCCCCGAACCAGAGCUUUUGCUGUUCCUCUCUGUCUCAGGCCUGGAACACAUACAAGGCUGUUUUCUGUUGUAUAGUGACCUGCGGGGGCUGCUUUCAGGACUGCAGUGUCUGUAUCCCCUACCCGGGGCCCGCUGAGACCUCCACUGAUGAUGGGAAGAAUGGAGAUUAUAACGGGCGACUGCCAAACAGCCCUGCCAACGUCUCUCCCACCGAGAAGAACGGGAACCAGAUCAAAAAGUCCCACAUGGGCAGCAGUUUCAGUUACCCGGAUGUCAAACUGAAGGGCAUUCCUGUCUAUCAGAACAGGAGCCCCAGCCACCACCUGGAAUCCGAUUCGUACUUCAAGGAGCUGCUGCCAGAGAAGCCCUUCAGGAACAGCAUAGAAAAGCCGCCGCUUCCUAGCAGCCACCGGAGUUCGGAGGAGUAUUAUUCCUUCCACGAGUCCGACCUGGACAUCAGCGAGCUGAACGGCUCCAUGUCCAGCAGGGAGAUCGACGUCCUGAUCUUCAAGAAGCUGACGGAGCUCUUCAGCGUCCACCAGAUCGACGAGCUGGCCAAGUGCACGUCAGACACUGUCUUCCUGGAGAAGACCAACAAGAUCUCGGACCUCAUCAAUAGCAUAACUCAGGACUACAACCUGGACGAGCAGGAUGCUGAGUGCAGGCUGGUCCGCGGCAUCAUACGCAUCAGCACCCGGAAAAGCAGGGUCCGGCCCCAUAUUUCUGUCCCAGCCAGCCAGAGCCACGAGGAGAAGUCCAGCAGAGGCAACGCACCGGACAGCGGUAACGAAACCAUGCUAGAGUCCACGGUCAUCAGCCAAGACGACUUGGCGGUGCAAAUUUCGGAGGAAACGCCGGCAGAUGUGAUCGCCAGGAACAUGAGGCGGCACAGCAGUGCAGGCUCUCCAACAAGCAGAGAUUCCUCUUUCCAAGACACAGAGACUGACUCAUCUGGAGCACCUCUGCUUCAGGUGUAUUGUUAAGGAAAAGGACCCGAGCAGCAGGCAGGCAUUGCGAGGCUUUGCUGCCAUCAGCUUUCUCCUCUUUCAAUACGGAGCAUGCUAUGUCACUUUUUCCCCCCCCGCAGUCUACCCUUAUCCUUUUGUUGAAGCCAAACUACUUCUGCUGUCUGAGUUUCACUGGAUUUUUAUUUUUUUUGGACAAUAUAGAACAUCAAGGAAGUGAACUGUGGAGCUAAUGAACUUGGGAGGUGGAAUGUGUGCCCAGGGAGGAGAAGAUGGACAAGGAAGUAUUGGAUGACUUGUGCUUCUAUGAUUUUAUUUCCUAUCUUCACAUUUAGCUUCAACAAGCCCAGUGGCCCAGGUCUUUCCCUGCUUUGAGAAUUUGCUGUACAGUUCUUGCUUUCUGGCGUUGCUUAAGUUAACCUGGGGAGGGAAUAAUCAGAUGGUGUCUCUGUGAUUGUGACGGUGCUGAGGCGAAAGCCAAGCAUCUGCUCUCUAGGGACCCAGAUCUCUGUGCCAAGGGGCUGGGUUGGUGGUCCCAGGAGCGUAAGUCCUCUGUCCGUGGUGUUGCAGUGGCCAGAUAACGCCUUCUUCCUCCUGACACCUUCCUGGUGACACCUCAGCGGUGUCAUCUCCUGCUGCCUUGUAAGGAGAAGGUUCAGGUAACAUGGUUCAUUUAAUCUUUGGCCUCUUGGUCUCCCAAGAUAGUCAGUGCCAACUGGAGGGUGGCGAGAUGCCUGGACUGCUACCCCACUCGUCUCCCAGUUGCUGCCAAUCUGAUGUGAACUACCAGCACGAGGUAUUCUGGUUGCACGUGGUGACCUGUGGCUUGCAUGCCAGUCAGCUCUUCUCACUCAUCUGCCAAGCCCUCUGCGUUUCCCCAUCCUGCUUGGUGUCAUCUGGUGCUGACUGCUGGGGCAAGCCUUGAACUUGGGUUAUGGCAGGUGAAUGAGAGAAUCGGUUCAUUUGAAGGUUUUUGUGAUUAGGAAUUGGGCUGUUCGACUGUUCUGCCAGAAACUCCCUUGAAAGUGGCUUGCUUUGAAAGGAAAGCCUUCCUUGGAGAGCAUCUCCAAAGGGUCUGCGAGGAGCUGCUUGGUCCUGCCUUCCCCUGGGGGCACUCGGAGCCUUCUCCUUCCCUUUGCUCUUCUUUAAGAGCCAGUAACGAGCACGAGAUGCGGCAUUGCCACCGUGAGGGCACGGAGCCAGGUGACCUUGAGGGCUGCAGCACUGCAGCAGGAGGAAGCCCUAUCUUUCUGUUGCUGCCACUUGGUUAUCGUAAAGUAAACAUGAGAAGCCAUGGGACUUGGUUAUAAGUUCGGGUGUCCUUGGACAUGACUAGAAAAUGCUUAGUUGUAUUUACCGGUAAUGGAAUAAACACACCCGCUGUUUUUUUGGGGAGGGGAAACCAAAAUAGGUCCUGUGCUUUGGUGUGGACCAUGUUUUUGUGCCUUAAUUGAACUGAAAUGUGCCUUGAGUUCAUAGCCUGUGAUUACUCUUCAAAAGGUUGGGUACGGGGUGGUGGGGGGAGAGGAUUAUGUUCCUUACGUAAGCAGUCAAGCUUAUUUAACUGGCCAAAGCCCUUUGAAAUGUACAGUUUAAGUCCCUGUUAGAGCCUGUUUUUGUAAACUGCUCGCGUUUCUGAGCAUGCUUUCAUAAAUCGUGGACGUUACUGAGACCACACCUUGAGACACUGACUGGAGAGAUUUUGACAAUAAAGGGGAGAGACUGAGACUUUGGUUUGGCUUCCCCUCCCUGCUUUGUUUUUAAAGCUGGCCAUUUGUGAAAAACUCUGUUUAUGCAAGAAGAGACGCGAGGCGAGGACAGCCCGGGACUCCCAGAUGGGCUGUGUUUGGUGACCUUCCUCGAAUGCUGCAUGUACCGACGGACCCGCUGGGCUUCCUGCCUCCGAACGGAGUUGUACAUACAUAUUGGGACAAGUUUACUUAGACCUGUGCACUGAGGCGUCAGCACGGGUCACACUGACACGCAGCUCUGCGGUGGAGCUUUGGAGACGAGGGGGUGAGAACGGACGUGCAAAGAGCUACCAAUGCCUACUACAGAUGCAGUGGCCCAUUUUUUUGUUCAGUCUGUGUACCACGAGUCAAUGUGUAUGGAUCAAACUUGCAAAACACACACAAACCAAAAAAACCCUCAAGUGGAGUACUGUCAAUCCCCUGGUCCCUGAAGCUGGUGCACCUGUGGUGUCUAGCGGGAUUCUUUUGCAUUUCUCACCCUUAAAAUCCGAUUCGGUCUUUUUUUUUUUUUUUUUUUAUAAAGCAGAAGGUGUGCUCUUUA